AUGCGGCGAGCAGCGGCGAGACUACAGCGAAGGCUCUCGAGCGUAACCGCGACGACGUCGUCGUCGUCGUCGUCUCUCGGUGGUGGUGAUGUUCAUCCUCAGUCGUCGCUCUUCCUCCUCAAAAGAUUUCUCUCUGCGGCGGCAGCGGUGCCCGAACAGAAACUUUCCAUGGACGAUAAAAAUUUCCUCGACGGAUCCUAUGACGUGGAGCUUCUGCCAACAGGACAGAUCCGAUAUCGGUCUCCGCACAAUCGAGUCAUCGGUCCGGCGUUGGUGCCACCGCAAUCGUUCGAUUCUCCGUUGCCGGCGAUUGACGAUUUCGACGACUGGGACGUUGGCGCUCUCGUGGAACGAAAGAAGAAGAAACAGAAAGAGAAACAAAAGGAAUUAUUAGGAAAUCAAAUAGAGUUACCUAUGAGAGGUUUGUUUAGCGUUUUAGUCGAGCGCAAAUCGCAACUGAGGAUUAAAGAAGAGUCGCCGGAAAAUCUCGAGUUCGUCGCCAGACGGGAAAGGCAAAGACGGGUGGAAAACGAAAGCGUGAACGACGAGAUUAAACGAUACAGAGAGAUGAGCGAACAGAUGGCACAAGUUGGCGCGGGCGCGAAUUUACCAGCAGUGCGACAGUUGUUGACGUCGUUUUACGAGCCGUUAAUGGUUGGUGUAGAACGAGAACAAAACAUGAUUAGUGAAGGCGUGCCCGGCUUCGAUCGAAGAGUGUACGGACCGUAUUUACAAUUAUUAGGAGCGGAUAAAAUAGCCGUGAUUUCGUUACACACGAUAAUUUCCAUGCUCAUGCGUGGGGUAGAAAAGACGAGAGGCGAUGUGUUUCGCGACCAUUCACGUGAACACGGCGAAGCCGGGAGCGUGAAGUUUGUUCGUCUGGCGAGCUCGCUAGGCCGAGUGAUUGAAGCCGAAGUGAAUUUAUCGCGAUUGCAAACGAGGGAAAAGUUAUUGUCGGCGCGAUACCGCGCCGGAUUGAUCAACAUGGAAGAUAUCGUGGAAACGUUUAACCAAGAGAGACACGCCGGUGAAAACGAAAUGAUUGCAGAAAGAGAACGGGAAGAGAAAAUCGCAAACAUCGAUAGAGAGAUUCGCGAAAAGAAUUUGAUAAAGGAAAGCGAUAUUAGGAGCACGAUGCUCCAAAGAGAUUCGACAAAGAAAUUGAAAUCAGUUCGCGCGGUUUCGGAACAAGCGAAGAAAGCGCUAGAUAACGCCGACUGGGGUUCAGUUCUUCACUUGAAAGUCGGCGCGGCAAUCAUCGCCAUCGUUUUGGAUGUGUGUAAAAUUAAAGUGCCAGGACCGGAAACCGCGGAGACAGGCGAGAAAAUUGAGGUGCCGGCUUUUUAUCACGACUAUUCGUUGGAACCAAACGCGUACCAGGGAUGGAAACAGAAAGCCAGUCCGAACAAUCGAUCGGGGACAGUGCAUUGGCACGAUUCUUUUUUCCGAUUCGUGCAUUCGGCGACGUUGGCGAGAGCGAGGAGCGCGAUUACGAGACACAAACCGAUGAUUGUUCCUCCUAGACCGUGGGAAUCGUACAACAAAGGUGGUUAUUUAAAUUCGAAUUCAGUCGUCAUGCGAGGGAAUUACUCGAGAGACGGUCCUUCGGAUGGGCAAAUGAAACUUCUAGCAGAACGCGUCGGCGAAUACGACAACGUUUUUGGCGCCUUGAAUGUGCUCGGCUCGACCGCGUGGGUGAUCAACACGGACAUUUUAGAAGUCAUCGAACAAGUUUGGCGAGAGAAGAAGUACGCGGGUGGUUUUGGUGGUGGUAUCGCAAACAUACCGCCUCGAGCAGAGUUAAAUUUACCGAACUGGCCUUCGAGCGAGUUUCGAUUACGGCGCGAACGCAAUGGACCUCUCUACGCGACGGCGCUACCGUCCUCGAGAGAAGUUGGCGAGUUCAUGAGAGCUUUCAACCGAGCGAAACAAACCAAUCGCGAGUUGCAUUCACAAAGGUGUGAUUUUGCCAUCAAGCUUCAAGUCGCCAGAGAAAUGAAGAACGAAGAGCGCAUAUACUUUCCGCAUAACGUUGAUUUCCGCGGUCGCGCGUAUACCAUGCACGCGCACUUGAACCACAUAGGGUCUGAUUUUUGUCGAGGUACUUUGAAGUUUGCCGAUGCAAAACCGUUAGGUGAGAACGGUUUAGAUUGGUUAUUUAUUCAGUGCGCGAACUUAUACGGCGGUGGAGCGGAUAAACUCCCUUUACAUCAGCGCGUCGAGUUUAGCAAGCUAAACUUAGAGAAGAUUAAGAAAUCUGCGGAGGAUCCGCUCGGCCCUGAAGGGUCUUGGUGGCAAGACGCCGAUGACCCGUGGCAAUGCUUGGCCACGUGCAUGGAAAUAAUUAAAGCGAUCAACUCGAAAGACCCGGCGAAGUACAUGUGUAAUUUGCCCGUUCACCAAGACGGGUCGUGCAACGGUUUACAACACUACGCGGCCUUGGGCAGAGAUUUCGCCGGUGGACGAGCAGUAAAUUUGGUCCCCGCCGAUCGUGGUGCGGACGUUUACACCGGUAUUGCGAAUGUUUUGAGAGACAUCGUUCAAAAAGACAUCGAAAAUUGUGAUUACAAAGACGAAGAAUCCGUGGAACGAAUGAAGUUGGCAAAACUUCUCAUCGACCAAGUCGAUCGAAAACUCGUCAAACAAACGGUCAUGACAUCCGUCUAUGGAGUCACUUUUGUCGGCGCUCGAAUGCAGAUUUCAGCGCGCUUGAAAGAACGCGUCGGUUUCGAAAGCGAAAGCGUCCGGUACCGAGUCGCGGCAUACGCCGCAAAACGAACUUUGGACGCUUUGAACGACAUGUUUCAAAACGCUCGCGAAGUCAUGGGAUGGCUCACGCAUUGCGCCUCGGUCGUGACGAAAGUCAACGCCCCUGUCCAAUGGACAACCCCGCUCGGUCUUCCUGUCCUUCAACCGUAUCGAAAUCAAACGCAAAAGUCAGUCCGCACGUUGCUCCAAACCUUUGUCCUCAGAUCGGAAGACGAGAAGCAAAAAGUGAACAAAUCGAAACAGCGAUCGGCGUUCCCGCCAAACUACAUCCACUCCAUCGAUUCCACGCACAUGAUGAUGACCGCUUUAGAGUGUUCUCGAGCAAACAUCACGUUCGCCGGCGUCCACGAUUCUUUCUGGACCCACGCCGGAGACGUCCCGGUCAUGUCUCGAAUCCUCCGCGAAAAAUUCAUCGAGUUGCACGAAACGCCUCUUUUGGACAACUUAUACGAAGAGUUGAAAUCAACCUAUCCGGAAGUUGCCGGUGAGUUUUUGCCUCCUCCAGAGUACGGGGACUUGGACAUCGAAACCGUCAGGGAUUCCGCGUAUUUCUUUAGUUAA